AUCGGUUGCUGUCAUCUCGCGGUCCCCAACCAGGUAGUCUACACCUACCAACAUGACUCAGUUCACUUGUCAGUGACUUCAUGGACUUGUGCCAUGUUUUGGUUUGGCCGCCCCUAGCUUUCUUCCAACCUACUCCUAUACCACUGGACAUAGCACGUCGAGGCAGUUGGUAAGACAACUUGCACCGAUGCACAUAUAUGCCAGGUCCUACUUUGCAUGUGGUUGACUGAGACGUGUAUUGAGUAAGAUAGUCUUGAUAUUUUGUUAACUGAACGGUCGUCCGUCUACUAUGAUAAUGGGGUAUUAGUAUAAUCACAAUUGAUUGAUCACUGGGUGGUGAUCAAUCUCAUGCUUGUCUAGUCCUUAUUAGUGUAAAGAAAAUAAUUGCAUCCUCACUUAUUAUGAGAAUAUAGUGUACAACCGAAGCUUUUACCAGUUUGACCAUUAAUCUUCCUACUAUCGAGUUGCUUCACUAAAAUAAUAGACGACUGUUUGUAAGGUCGAUUUCCAUGAGAAUGGUUCGUUGAUGCCCUUUCUGGCUUUCGAGGUAUUUCCCGAGGACUGACUGUGAGAUGUAUUUCGUCAGAUGAAGAGUUGUUGUGAUUCGUAAAAACCACACUGGUGAGUCGACAAUACGAUUAUGUUUAAUGCUGAGAUUUCUGCAUUGACACAUUCAUUCAGUCAGUCAGCUACAACGUAGUACGGGCACAUAUAUGCAUCGGUCCAAGUUGCCACAGCUCAUUAUUUGCACAACAAGAUGAACACCAAAUUCUUUGAAGUAGCUACUUCAACGGUAGUAAUAUGUGAAACAAAGAUUGUGUAUAAAGACAUGAUACAGAAAUGAAGAAUUAGUCUGUAGAAAGAAAGGUUUAAAGCAAUUCGAAUCUCACGGUUUAAGAGUAGACAAAUAGUGUAUACACCUACACCAUUUUGAUCGAUUCCGAGCCAUGUCACGCAGAGUCUCCAACCAUUAGUUACGAUAGUCGCGCGGCCGCCACUAACUUUCUUUCAACCAUCCCCAACACCGGUUAGCAUUGCACGUCGUGGUAAUCGCUGUUCAGGCAUACACAACACGUGGCCCAACCAUCUCAGUCGAUGAAGAUUCACAACCUCACCAACUGAUUUUCCAUCAUUCCCUAAUACCCUGCAUCUAACGUCACCAAUACUUACCCGGUGAUCCCAGCAGAUGCGAGUAAUAUUUCUAAGGCAUCUGUGGUCAAAUACUAGUAGCUUACCAAUAUCUUCUACUCUUAAUGCCCACGUUUCGCAGCCGUAAAGUUAAACAGAAUCAACUGUCACGCAGUAUACUCGUUUUUUUAUUGAUAGACGAAUAUCUCGCUUUCUCCAUAGGUGACGUAAGUUGGCAAAAGCCAAACGAGGUUUUUGGAUGUGUACAGAGAUUUCGUCAGACACCAACCCAUUAGGGAUGAUCAGACUUCCAAGGUAAGCGAAGUUGUCGACGCUUUCGACUACUUCACUCCUUAUAAUUAGUUCAGGCCAGUCCUAAUGCAACAACUUGCAUUUAGGGUGGAGAAGCACAUCCCAAACACUCUGGCAUUGUUGUUCAGUGGUACCAAAUGACUCUGCAUUUUAUCAACGUCUUCACCAAACAGGACUAUAUCAUCUGUGUAUUCUGAGUCGAUAAGUAGACCUCUUGAAAAUAUAUCAAUUCCUGAAAAUUCAGUCGACGCGGACGUUAUUUCGAUCAGUAGGUCUAUGAUGAAGUUGAAGAGAAAUGGAGAAGGUGGACAGCUUUGACGGACAUUACUUAAGGUUACGAAAGCAGAUGACAUUUCGUCAAAAGCUCUGACUCGACUAGUAGUGUUCGAGUAAAGAGUCUGCACGAGGUUUAUGUACAUCUGAGGUACGCCUCUCAAUGACAGACACUGCCACAGAAUCUCGCGGUCUACAGAGUCAAAUGGUGCUUUAAAGUCAAGAAAGAUCACCAUUGUCGGACGCCGAUAAGCAUGCCUGUUCUAGGACCUGAUGAAUGGUGAAUAUGUGGUCGAUUCAACCACGACCAGGUCUGAAGCCAGCCUGAUUUUCACAAGUUUGCACUUCACGCGUCUUUGUUAGGCGUCCGGCAUUUAUUGAGGCUAGUAUUUUAGAUGCUAUUUCAGUCAAACUUGGCAAGGUGAGGUCAAGUGAAUGACCACACUAGGAUCCUGUAUGCGUGUUUCGGAGACACAGCAUACAUCAAUGGUACGAGAUUCUAGGGUUUUAGCUGAGGAGGCCCGCUGAUCGAUUUGACAUAGGGUGGGUAUGUUGAAGGCUCCAAUGUGUGGUUUGGAGCGAGGUUUCAUUAGCCCUGGACAGUGUUUUGGGCACUAGAAUCAUUGACCAUGGUGACACUUGAGAAGGAAUUUCAGAGUUUGAAAGCCGAGGUAGGAGGAGGGAGAUUAAAUAUAAAUACUAUGAUUUCGAGUGCCGAUAUAAAUGGUAUAAAUCAUUUAUCGAGUUCGGAAUUAUUUACUCGGCUUCGAACUACAUGUUGUGUAACGGCUAGCAAUGACAAUUUAUUAUCCGAGUUGGAACCAAGGAUAGAUUCGGACUUGGGAAGUUAUGGUUGGACUUUAAAUUAUUUUAGCACUGAAAUAUCAACACCAAAAUAAUGGGAUAAUGCAUGCUCAUUUUGUCAUAAACGUAAAUUGAACGAUAUUUUAACUCACAACUCAUUCGGUAUCACGAACAGUUCUUCUAAGGUAUACAAAAUUUGUAAUUCAUAUUAUGCAAACCUCUGCUAGCCAGUAUAGCUCGAUUAGUUCAUUACGAUAAGCAAGCCUGACCACAACGUCAAGGUAGCAGCAACGGUUGUGCAUUGAUACAUGAGUUAGAUUUUUAAGGAUUAAACGAGAUGUGAUAUAUUUGCUCUAGUCGGUUCUGUGCAACCUUAAAACUCAUAUUUCUAUCAUACGAUAUUCCCUACAUUUUAUAUACAGGUAUGCGAUAACGGGAUCUUACGGCAACCUCUUUCAUAUAUUUGACCGUCACAAUGGCUCUGAUUGGUUGUAUGAUCUUGACGAUUCAAGCAAUCCUUAUAACACGAAUUCUGCAUGUAAUACUGAGAGUUACUUAUCACCUAAACGUUUUAUGUCUCCUGAUGAUCCCAUUGGAAGUCGGUUGGGUUUAUCUUCAAUUUUCGUAGCACCAUUGGAUGCUGUGGAAGCUCUCUUUCCAGAAACGACGAGUCAAACCAGUUCGCAUAGCAGCUAUAGUGAUAAUAAUGAUUGGAAUAAAUUCGACGAUAGUUCGAACACCUCAGAGGUGUCACCUGGUAGAACAAAGCUAUCUCACUGUCAAUUAGAAGAUCCCAACCCUACAGAGAAUACUCCCUCAGCACCUCCAACAGGUUCGAAGCGUCGAAAGCAAAUCCUUCCUUCUCGUGCUGAUAUUUCUACUGAUUCUCAUUGUGUUGUACAAAGUGAACACGAGAAGGCCCGUAGUUGUCACCCCAAAAGUAAACAUCGUCAUCGCAACAAGCAUUCUCAAUGUGAGAGGAUAGAGAAAUGUGGAUACGAUGUUAGUUCUUCUUGCACAGUACCGAACUCAAAUGAUGGUCAUGAGUUAUCAGAUGUCAUUGUAAAUUUACUGCCUGUCAAAAAAACGUCUAUGGAAGAAUUUCAAUCAGGGACAUCAACUGUCCCUGGAAUGCACCAGAUACACUGUCAGCGUAAGAUACUUCACUUAUCCUGGCACCCGAAGAAAUUCCUUACAGUAGCUCUAUCAGGCAAUCAGAUGUUUCUUGUUUCAGGUCAGCCGACAUUUAGUGGUACAUUGCCUUCACAGAAGGAUUCGAGUCAUUGCUCUUCCUGUUUAUCUAAGUCAACUGACGAUGAGAACAACAUACCUAGUGGACAUUGUGAAGCGAGAUCCACUUCUAUAAGAGACAAGGUAACUCCUAUUUUAUGCAAAAGUUCAAACGUGAAAGCUGCAAAACGUCGUCGCCGUCGUCAUCACCAAGCAGGUAGUUCAAAUUUGGUCAAUGCUUUCCCUAACUUAUCAGAUAAGAGAGAAAAUCACAUUUCUGAUAUUGAUGUUCUUCCUGUUGAUUCUGUGGUUUGUGGAAUGGAUUAUACAACGAAUUAUGAAGCUGACCACGAAGAUAAUUAUGAUGAGCAACAUACCUCUAAAGCACAACUAGAUUCUAUUAACUCUGAUCCGAACAGUGAAAGCUUCCCAUGUAUAAAUUCCUUAUUUCCAUCAUCGAGAGAAACAUUUUCAACUAAUUUGAACGAUGUUUUACAUUGAUAAUGUUUUUCAUACCAUUUUGAUUGUCUUCCUUACACUGUCUAAUUUUUGCCUGACUUCAUCUCAGGGUUGACAUAUUUCCGCUAUCAAUUUUUAAAUCAAAGUUGUCGUUAUUGCUGGAUGAGUAUCUUAUUUAUUUUGGGAUAAAUGUACAAUAGUACAUACAUAAUUACAUACGCACACACACACAGGUAGGCGGAGAGACUUGCGUUCAGACAUACAUAAUCUCUUCCCUGUAUGAAUGCUAACUCCCAAUAUCAUGUUACGAAACUGCUAUUUUAUAGUUCUCUAUUAAGAAAGAUUUUUCCUACCCGUUAUUUCACGUUGCAAUGCCUAUUUAUUCUGAACUUGAUUGUGUUUCAUCCGCAUGAGAUAUGCGUGCCUUUACAGUACAAAUUAUUGUAAAUGAACUCGAAGAAUUGUAAAUGACUAACUGGAGAUCUUUUCUAUAGAUUGUAUUCCAUUCCAAAAAUAUAACGUUGUGUAUUUUAUGUGCAUUUCUAAUUUAGCAUAAAUUAUAAAACAUGAA